UAGUCUCAUAAAAAUUUUGCUAUUUUUUUUCGUUGGCGGCUCUGGCUUAAUCAAGGGAGAGUCUCGCAUGCUUCGACUCUAGGGCCGAAACUUCUGGGAAAUACCAGUUCCCUCGUUCAUCUCCUUUUCAAAACUCUGUGGAGUUGAGGGACGCAGGAUAAGCUGUAAGCACCAACAGAGGAGAGGAGAAAGGGGAAUGUCCCAGUUCUGGAAGCCAGGCUCUGAGAAGCCGACUUCUCGUCUCGUCGAGGAUGAAGACGGAGGUGUCCUCUACGUCCGCCACCCUACGUCUUCUUCUUCUCACUCCGGUUUCGGGCAUGCGAGUCUGGAGAAGCAGAGAAAGAGGCUCCCUGUCUAUGAGUAUCGGACGGCAAUCCUUUAUCUGGUCGAGAAUCACGCUACCACCGUCAUCGUUGGGGAGACUGGCAGCGGCAAAACCACUCAGAUUCCUCAGUAUCUUCAAGAAGCUGGUUGGGCAUCCGAUGGACGUGUAAUAGCUUGCACUCAGCCUAGGCGUUUGGCUGUUCAGGUUGUUGCUUCAAGGGUAGCUGAGGAAAUGGGUGUCAAGCUCGGAGAGGAGGUUGGUUACACAAUUCGUUUUGAGGACAUGUCAAAGCCGGGUGUUACCAUGAUCAAGUUUCUGACGGAUGGUGUGCUGCUAAGGGAGAUGAUGGACGAUCCUCUUCUAACCAAAUACAGUGUCAUCAUGGUGGAUGAAGCACAUGAAAGGAGCCUCUCUACGGACAUGUUAAUGGGGCUCUUGAAAAAGAUCCAAAAUCGUCGACCUGAGCUGCGGUUGGUCAUUUCAUCUGCUACAAUUGAGGCAAAAUCCAUCUCGAAUUUCUUUUCUUACAGUAGAAGAAAGCGACAUGAUCCUGAAAGCCAAGAUGUUGUACCCAGUAAGCAACCUGCUAUUCUCUCUGUGGAGGGACGAGGCUAUGAAGUAAAAGUGUAUUUUCUCCAGGAGCCUACGUCCAAUUAUCUGCAUGAGGCAGUUUCAACUGUCUUAUCCAUUGAUGAGAAGGAACCGAUGGGCGAUAUUCUAGUCUUCCUCACUGGUCAAGAUGAUAUUGAGGCCGCAGUUCAGUUACUUAAUGAAGAAUGUCAAAAUUUAGGGAAAAGAUCUUCAGGACUUAUCAUUUUGCCUCUAUAUGCUGGACUUUCACGUGCUGACCAGGACAUGAUAUUUUCUCCCACUCCUAGGGGAAAGCGUAAAGUAGUGAUAUCAACAAAUAUUGCAGAAACUUCAUUAACACUUGAGGGAGUGGUGUAUGUUGUGGACAGUGGGUUCUCAAAACAGCGUUAUUACAAUCCGAUUUCUGACAUUGAAAACUUGGUUGUGGCACCAAUUUCUAAAGCAUCUGCAAGGCAGAGGGCUGGAAGGGCUGGAAGAGUGUGUCCAGGCAAAUGUUACAGGUUAUAUACCGAAGAAUAUUUUAAUAAAGAAAUGGUAGCACAUGGGAUUCCAGAGAUGCAAAGGUCCAAUCUUGUUUCAUGUGUCAUGCAACUAAAGGCUCUGGGUAUCGACAACAUCUUGGGGUUUGAUUGGCUUGCUUCACCACCACCAGAGGCCAUGAUUAGAGCACUUGAGGUUCUUUACUCACUAGGCAUUCUUGAUGAUGAUGCAAAACUUACAGUACCGCUGGGGUUUCAAGUUGCAGAAAUUCCCUUGGACCCUAUGGUUGGUACAAUGAUCUUAUCAGCACACUCACUAGGCUGCUUGGAGGAGAUAAUCAUAAUUGCUGCUGUUCUCUCCGUUCAGUCUAUCUGGGCUUCUGGUAGAGGGGCACAAAAAGAGUUGGAUGAUGCAAAACUACGAUUUGCUGUUGCAGAGGGUGACCAUGUUACUUUCCUUAAUAUAUACCAGGGAUUCAUACGAUCUGGAAAAUCUGCUCAAUGGUGCUACAAGAACUUUAUAAAUUAUAAUUCCAUGAAAAAGGUUAUAGAUGUUAGAGAGCAAUUAAUCAGGCUAGUGAAGCGACUUGGCUUAGUCAUCCAGUCAUGUGAGAAAGAUACAGAGGUUAUGAGAAGGGCGAUUACUUCUGGCUUUUUUGCUCAUGCUUGCCGCUUGGAGACGUAUGGUCAAGAAGGAGUUUACAAAACUAUCAGGGGCUCGCAAGAGGUUUAUAUCCACCCAUCCUCUGUUCUUUUCAGGGUCAAUCCAAAGUGGGUGAUUUAUCAUGAAAUUGUUUCCACUGAAAAAAACUACAUGCGAAAUGUUAUUUCAAUUGAUCCUUCUUGGCUUACAGAAAUUGCUCCACACUUUUAUCAAGUACAGAAACCAAACCCCGUAAUUCAUUGAUUGAAAUGAUGAGUUCGUGAGUUAAAGUUGUUUAACCUUUCUGUACUCUCUGAUUUUACUGGCUCAGCAUAAUUUUGGCAUUUUGGUUUCCUAGAGCUCCCUAAAUGCGUUGAUAAAAAACUUCAUGUAAUUCCAGAAAUAAGAUGGAAAGAGUCAUGUGAAACCUCUCCCUUAGAGGACAACUUAUGAUCUGAUCCUGUUUCUGCAUUUUCUAGCCUGGCAGAUAUUGACUGGGUACGAGGUAAUUAGAUUAAAUUGCUUUACUUGCAGCCGCAUGAUAUGUCUUCGACAAGGUAGAGAGAGAUUGGGAAGAGAAAAUCACUGCAAUCGCUCUUGACCUCUUCCUAAAUCGAAAGAGAGCGAAAGGCAAGCAGCUGUGAACGUCUUAUCCUGAACCUCGAUGGCAUAAGCGACUCACCUUUGAAAGAGAUGAAUUGACUCGGAUCCUUGGAUCUUGGACCCUCGAGUGAGAGGGUGAGAUUCAUGGAUUUCAAGCAGCAAAUUUUAACAAUUCAUGUUGUUUUCUAUGAUUCCCUGCUGGAAAGGAUUCCCCAUUUUCAUUACCAAAGAAUGUUGGAUACAGCUGAAGAAUAAAAGAAAGAAAAGCAACAAAGACAAGCAAAGGGUCACAGCAGCCAUGGACACCAAAAUAAUAAAAAUGCAUACGUACAACCAGGACAGCAGACAGGUGAAGACUACAGUGGCAAAGCAACAACGCCAUUGCCAGAUAAGAUCAUGAGUAGAAACCCAUGUUGCGGAAAGGUGCUGACUGCUGAUGAUCAGAUUUAGCCGAGGUGGUAGAGGCAUGUACAGACAACAGUGAAGGACUGCAUGUACGUGUAUUAAAUUUUGCCAGAUCUGUUAUAGGGAUAACAGCAAGAAAAUU